AUGCCCUCCUCCCCCGCCAUCCAACAAUCCCUCAACGGCCUCCUCCCAAGCCACGCCGCCAAUUCCCCGGCUGCCCUAGUCCAUCUCUGCGAAUCCCUCCUCGCGCAAUCCCGCCAGCGGGCCUCGCACCUGAAACCCGAGGAAGAGAUCGCCCGUGCCUAUGCGUGUUGCGAGAUCGCGUGCAACAGGCUCAGAGUGAAGUGUCGGUUGCCCGCGGUCAAGACGGGAGGGGCACCCUGUAAGCCGGCCGUGUAUAAGAAGUUGGUGGCGUUCUUGGAGAGGGUGUUGGAUGAGGAUGGCACAACGCCCAAAUCGACGCCGGGAGGAGGGAGGAAGAGGACGGCAGACGGGGCAUUGAAGCGGAUGACCGCUGAGAGCGAGCCAGUGACACCCACGAAAUCUACAGCAGCGGGACGAAAUGAGUUCCUUGGAAAAAUCAAAGCGAGCAGCGCGAGGAGGAAGGCUACCGAGAGCGACAACGGAAAGAAUGACGGCGAAGCACCAGACUACACGAUGCCCUUCAUCCGCAAACUGUGCAAGACCUUCUCAACGCCCCUGCUUGCCCCGCACGUCUACACCGGCGUCUGCAUCGUGCUGAAACUCAGCGGUCUGUGGCCGCCUCCGGACGAAGACGCACCGGGCAACGACGAAAAGUCCUCCCAAGAGACCGAAACCGUGACAGGUCUCCUGACCGCCCUCUAUCUAAUGGCCUUGACGCGCAUGCAGACCGCAACCAUGACAACUGGUGUAUAUAAGUCUACGUGCGCCAGGGCUGUCGCAGUCCUGGAGUAUCAGCCAGGGACGAAAGGCGUGGAGGAGUGGAUCCGCCGGAUCAACCGCGAGGGUUACUGUCGCGGCCAGGACUGGUGGGCCAGCGUGCCGGAGAAAGUCUUUGAUUUUGAUCCGAGUGUCGAUGGCGCUGGAAAGGGGAGUCGUGCAGGUCGAUUCGACCGAGGUGGCGAUGAAGACGGCGAAAACGGAGACGACGACCAGGAAGAAGAAGAAGAGGAUCCAAUCCUAUCGGGACGACGGAGACGCAAUCUCGUCCUCGCCGCGGAUGCCGCAGCGCGUGGAAGCAACGGCCGAAGCGCCAUGCAUCAAGACGACCUCGACCUCGAGGACGAUCCCGACGGCGUCCUCCUGCCCGGCCUAGCGACCAUGAUGCAAGACGCUCUGGACCUGCUGAGCGCCGACCGAACGCGUGAGUUUGAGACGUGGAAGAAGCAAUUUCUGCGCAGGCUGGACAGGGCGGACAAGGCCGCCGCCGGGCCUGGUGUGAAGGGUGGGAAGUACGCUGCUGCUCUUGCCACUGCUGCUGCUGUUGUGUGA